AUGGAGAUCGAGCGGGCGGUGCGCGGCAGCGGCGACGCCCGGCUACGCGCCAAGUACGACGCCGCCGUCUACAUCAUCCGCCGCGCCUACGCCUUGUACCCGUUCGAGGAGCUCGCUUUCAGUUUCAACGGGGGCAAGGAUUCAACCGUGCUGCUGCAUCUGCUUCGGGCAGGCUACUACCUGCACAGAACAAGUUCAGGCGACGUGGACAGCACGGCCCUGCAGACCGUGAAGAACUGCCCCAUGCGGACCAUCUACUUCGAGGACCCCGACGCUUUCCCCGCGAUCGACCGCUUCACGUACGAGACGGCAUCGACGUACGGCUUGCCACUGGAAACCAUCAGGACAGGGUACAAGUCGGGACUAGAAGCCCUGCUGGAGGAGAAGCCAACCAAGGCGAUCUUCCUUGGCACCAGAAACGGCGACCCCAACGCGGUCGGUCAACAAGAGUUCUCCCCUAGCUCGCCCGGCUGGCCUCCUUUCAUGAGGGUGAACCCAAUCUUGGAUUGGUCCUACAGCGACGUCUGGUCUUUCCUGCUGACGUGCGAGGUCCAGUACUGCAUCCUCUACGACCAAGGGUACACUUCUAUCGGCAGCGUACGCGACACCGUUCCGAACGAGCUUCUGCGUGAUGGUGGCUCGGGCGGGUACAGGCCGGCGUACACGCUGUCGGAUGGGAGCCUUGAAAGAGCUGGUAGAGGAAAGAAGCAGGCCGGGAAGAGAGACGCUUCGGUUAGCACCAGGAACGGCAGCGGCAGUGGACCGCGGCAAAGGAGUAAGCUGUAGAUGAAUGAAACGAAACAACAAUAGUUGUGUAGGUGGAUGAAGCCCAUACGUUGGCUGAAGCUAUUACAAAUAGAUUUUGUUUCCAUCUUAGAUCGAUUUGCCUUUCUUCACUUGUUACCGUAGAUAUUGGUUUAAAGGUUUAGUCUUCUAUGGCUAUUUCAUAAUUCCAAAAUUAGAUAUUAUUGGUUCAUUUC